AUGGACAAUUUAAUUCAAAGGGUGCCCUCUGCGCGGUUGCGCAGGCCGAUGUCCAAGAAUAUCAAUAUAACGCUACAGUUACUGUAUAAAGUUAUAUAUUCCACAUUCACUAGUGAAAAACCAGGACUGCACACUAUUUUGCGCAAGGGAAAAAGGCGCUGUGAACUUAAUUGCCAAUGUGCGCAGAUAAAAAUUAAGUCUGCCAAUGCUCCAGGGACUAAAAACUUUACCUGGAGAAGGAAAGACAACGUUCCUACGAGGUAUGGCUUUAGUGGGGAUCCGGGGGUCAAGGCGGCUUUGGACAUCACCUGCUCGCCGUUGGAGAUUCUUUCGUCGCUCGUCACGGAUGAACUUCUUGAACAUAUUGUUCGAGAGACCAACUGGUAUGCGGUCGCCCACUCUCCUGCCGCCUCCUCUCACAUGGGGAAGUGGACGCCCACGUCCAGGCAGGAGGUCCUGGCAUACCUUGGGAUCCGCGUGGUAAUGGGCUUGUGGAAGCCAGUCAAUUACCGCGACUUCUGGUCGACCAACCGUGUCCUGCGUCACGAACUCGUUGCCGAGGUAAUGACAAGGGAUCGGUUUGACCAGUUGACGACACACCUCCAUUUCUCACAUUUGGAGGAAGGAGCUCCACUCCCAGAGGACAGUAUGUGGAAGCUCCAACCAAUCGUAAAUUCCCUCAAUGACUCGUUCCGAUCGGUCUUCGUACCGGGACAGGACAUUGCCAUAGACGAGUCUUUAUGCAAGUUUCGUGGUAGACUUGGCUUCAAGACCUAUAACCCAACUAAGAGGGCGAGGUUCAGGUUGAAGGUCUACAAGCUCAGUGCCAGUACCGGCCCGGCUGCAGGGUACACCUCUUGCUUUGAGGUGUACACCGGGAAGGACCGUGGCGACAUUCCCUCGUUUACGAAAGUGGUGCUGCAUUUGAUGAAGUUUGGCGGCGGCUUCCUUGGUAAAGGGUAUCAGUUAUUUGUGGAUAAUUGGUAUACGUUGCCAACGCUUUUUCAUUUGCUGCAAUCCCAUAGGACUAAUGCGGUAGGCACAGCCCGGCUAAACAGGAAGUUCAUGCCCAAGAACCUCGUUGUGAGGAGGAAGGGUGAUAUCGAUUACCGCAGCAGCAAGACUGCCAUGCUGGCCUUGUUGGGGAAGGACCGCAGCCAUGUCACCAUGCUGUCAACAGUCCAUACCGCUGCAAUGGAUGGGGACAAGCCGUUGGUAGUAAAAGAUUACAAUGUCGGCAUGAAAGGUGUCGACGUCGGUGAUCAAAUGGCCAGUUACUAUCCGACGACUCGCCGCUCCAGGGUCUGGUACAAGAAGGUCUUCUUUUUCCUCUAUGCAUGGGCCGACCACCAUGCCCUGGGAUCGGAGGAAAGUCAGAAGGCCUUCCGGGUUGGUCUUGCCUCUGAACUCUUGGGGCAGUUCAGGGAAGGGACCGACCCCAAGUGGAGCAGAACUCUCCCGAAAACACCUCCGGCAGAGAUCCAUACACUACGUGACCGCCGCUUCGUAGUGUCUCGAAUUCCAGCAGGAAGGAGGAGGCGGUGCCGAAUGUGUUCAAUGAGAGGACGCCGUCGAAGCAGCAAAACUUACUGCUCCGACUGCAACGCCGGUCUUUGUACUUAA